AUGAUUCCGACGCAUUUCUGUCUUUUUAUUGUAUUUAAUCUAUUAUAUUAUUCACACGCAUUACAAUCAGGUUAUACAUGUGAAACAUCUGUAACAUUAACAUGUCCUUCGUCAAGAAAAAUGGUCAUUCUUGAAGUAACUUAUUCAUCAAAAUGUCCAGAUGUAAAUGAACAAUCAAACGGUACUUCAAUUUAUCCACCAGCUCGUUGUAUUGGUUAUUAUCGUGAACAAGCAAGUACGCAAUGUAAUGGAAAAUCUAGAUGUACUAUAGAUAAUAAUGCGGAUCAACGUCCAGCUUUUUUUGUUGGAAAACAAGCAAAUUGUGCAUUUAAAGGUCAAAGUAUAAAUAUUGAAUAUUCAUGUAUUCCUGAUUUCUACUCAAGUAAAUUACCUCGUAUUGAUAUUUGUUCAUUACAAUCUCUUGACGAGAUCAAAGAAGGUUUUAUUCAUACGCCAAAUUAUCCAGAUACUUAUCCGAAUAAUUUAUCAUGUUUAAAGAAAGUACCCGAACCAGAAGCUGGUCAUCGAUUAAAAAUUUUUGCAGUUGAUUUUAAUGUUGAAAGUGUUAGUGUCAUUCGUUCUACAAAUACAGUAAAACUUAAUGAUUGGUUAGAAAUCAAUGAUAAUGGAGAGAAAUUCUAUGAUACACGUCCGCCAUAUACUCUUUUAUUUGAUGAUGUUAUUGAAGCUUCAUUAUUAUUUAAAUCUAAUAUGGCUAAUACAAAACAAUCAUAUAAUGGAUUUUUACUUUACUUCAUUGUUACAUCAGUUCGCCGUUCUCGACCAUCAACAACAAAAACGACAACUACAAUCAUAGAAACGUUUGCCAAUGAAGAUUCAACAAUUAUCAUUCAAGAAAAAAUCUCAGCACUUAAAAUAGAUAACCAACGAAGUAACAAUACUGGUUUACUUUUACUUGUUGUUCUUCUGUCUAGUAUUCUUGUCAUUAUUCUCUGUGCCUUCUUACUAUACAGACGUCGUAAUGAUCGUCGUAUUCGUUAUUUAACUGAAACAUUUAAUUCUUUCAUGUCAAAACGAACAAAACCUGUGAAAUUUGAUUCAUCAGAAAAUAGUGAUGAAACCGAUGUGAAUUUAAAAUUUGAUUUAUCAUCAGCAAGCAGUAAUGAGAAAUCGCCUUCAAAACAUACAAUUAAAAACGUACAAAAUUCUGAUCAUAUCUAUUCACAAGAUCCAUUGGAAAAUAAAAAUUCAUUACAAAAAAAUGAUGACAAAUCCGAUAUAUAUGAAUAUAUUGAUUAUGACACUGUUAAUCACCAAAUUAUUAAAUCAAAUCAAAAUAUUGUAUAA